AUGCCUGGACUCAAAGUCGUCGCCUUGAUAUCAGGGGGCAAAGACUCAGUUUUCUCUAUCCUCCACUGCCAUGCAAACGGACACGAGGUCGUCGCUCUCGCGAACCUGCACCCGGCCACUCAAGAUGGCGAGCGAUCUGAGGAUAUCGACAGCUACAUGUAUCAGACCAUAGGACACAGCGUCAUUCCUCUCUACGAACAAGCGCUGGGUCUCCCGCUCUACAGACAAGAAAUCUUGGGUGGGGUUGUAGACAGCAACAAGAGCUAUGCUUCUCCCGCCGCCUCUCAGCAGAGUGGACAGGACGAGACGGAGAGUCUGAUACCUUUGCUGCGUAGAGUCAUGGCCGCACACCCGGAGGUCAAUGCCGUUAGCACUGGAGCCAUUCUCUCGGAUUAUCAACGCACGAGGGUAGAAUCUGUGGCUAUCAGGCUGGGUCUGGUGCCUUUGUCUUAUCUCUGGCAGUACCCUUUCUUGCCGCCUUACAACGAGACUUCGCUGUUGGAUGAUAUGGCUGCUGCUGGACAGGAUGCUCGUAUCAUCAAGGUCGCCUCUGGAGGACUUGAUGAUGGCUUCUUGUGGGAAAAUGUGGCCAACUACCGUACCAAGGCUAGACUUGUUCGAGCGAUGGAGAGGUUUGGUAUCAUCGGUGACGGUGCUGCGCUUGGCGAAGGAGGAGAGUUUGAGACGCUCGCGGUAGAUGGACCAUGGCCUUUAUGGAAGAAUUCUAUUCAGGUUGACGAUGAGGAUAGAAUGAUCGUGGCGGGAGAAGCAGGAGCUGCGUCUCUGAAGAUCAAGACUGCGCGUCUGGUGCCAAAGGAGCCAUCCUCGGACUUUUCAUAUGAGCAAUUGCGGAAACCGACGACACUGGACGACAAGUUCGCAGCACUAGAAUCACGGAUGGACGAUAUUCUCGGAAAGGACUCAGAGACGUCUGAUGAAGCAGCAGAGAAGACAGAAGCUCUAAGCCCAACCUCUGGGUGGUCGAUCCAAACAACAAACACUUGCACGAUCAUCUCAAACGCAAUGGCAGAAGGAAGUUCGGCAGGAGAGCAAAUGACCAAUAUCAUGAACCACUUGACCAAGGACCACAACGUCAAGCCCUCUUCGAUCGCUUUCACCACCAUCCUUCUACGAAACAUGUCUGAAUUUGGUGCAGUGAACCUGGCAUACGGAUCUCAGUUCAGUACACCAAACCCGCCAGCGAGAGUCACCAUCGCAUGUGGCAGUACACUCCCAGCCAACACUCAUGUCUCCCUGUCAGUUAUGAUACUGAACGAUGACAUCGCAGCACAGAAGCAAGGUCUCCACGUGCAAUCCCGCUCCUACUGGGCUCCAGCAAACAUAGGCCCCUAUUCCCAAGCCAUCAUCACACCUUCUUCGACUUCCACCUUGCCCCAACUCAUCCACAUUGCCGGACAAAUUCCUCUUCAACCACCUACAAUGGAGUUCCCGCCACAAGGUGACUUGAGUUUAGAAGCACACUUUGCAACCCACGCUCUUCUGGCACUGCAACAUCUAUGGCGCAUAGCCCAAAUCAUGCAGACUUCACACUUCCUCGGUGCUGUCGCGUUCAUCGCCUCUACUGCCAGCACAUCUGUACAGUCUCGAGUCACCACUGCAUUGCAAAGUUGGAAGUUAGCUUUUCAACCCCCUGUCACGGAGGCAGCAGAAGACGAUCAAGACGAACACUUUGACGUGUGGGAUCAACGUCAGUUUGGCAAUACGGGAGCUUCCACGACAUCUACUAAACGCAAGGAUAUCGUUAACGCAUCUGCUCCACCGUGUUUUGUGGCCGAGGUGGAGAGUUUGCCUAGGGAUGCCCCUAUCGAGUGGGCGAGUGUUGGUGUCAAGACUUUUGACGGUACUGUGGAGACCAAAGGUGAGUAUUGUUUGCCCUUCUUCUUCUAUGGUCUUGAUACUGUUGCUAACCAAGAGUUGCAGNAAACAAAGGAAGAUGCGUGCACAAGACACACUCUGAACAUCAAGUCUGGGCUCGAGGAAGUGGAUUUGGCUGGUUGGAUCGCAGUUGCCAAUGUUGACGAUUUGAACAAGGUGAGUCUACCGGCAUCACGGAUCUGUACCGUGUAUACUACGCAGAUCUUACCAGAGAGCUGGGUGAAGGAGAGACAGCCUACCAUCGUUCCAUGCUACAGACUGUGGGAUGGGCGCGGGCAACGCGUGGCUGCUGUCGUCGCAUAUAGACAGCAGUGA